AUGUCAUUACCAAAGAUCCAAGUGGAGGAAGCCGAUGAUGAAGCAGAUAACAGCUCCAUCCCACCAGGUGAUGACCAUCUAAGGAACUUGAAGGCCCUGACGGAGAAGUUGAGGUUAGAAACUCGCAGGCCAUCUUACCUAGAAUGGAGGGCAAAGCUUGAGGAUCAGCCAUGGAAGAACCCAGAAGCUCCUCAGAAUUCUCUGGAGUCAAAGAAAAUACAUGGAUUUGACAGUAUUGAUGAAGCCCUUAACUGGCUAAGGAAGGAGCUGACAGAGAUGCGUCUCCAAGACCAGCAGUUGGCCAGACAGCUCAUGAGGCUGCGAAGCGACAUCAACAAACUAAAGAUUGAGCAGACGUGUCACCUUCAUCGGAGAAUGUUGAAUGAUGCCACCUAUGAACUGGAAGAGAGGGGUCCUCUUUUGGCCCUCUCCACUCCUUUGAAACUUAUUGGAGUUACUAAAAUGAACAUCAAUUCUCGGAGGUUCUCCCUCUGCUAG